AUGAAUUUCAAACUGGUGACAUGUUUACAUCGAAAGAAAUAUCCAAAAACUAAUGUCGCGACUAAGAAAACAGUGAAAAAGAAAUCCAAUGGGAAAAAGAAGCGGAAAAAGUCUUCACAAAACCACAAACAUCGCAUGAAGAAUUCUUACAUGUCGUCAAAUCUUUUCUCAAAGAAUUUCUAUCCCGCUAAUUACUUCUUUCAAGACGAGUCGAAAUUAAAACACUUUAACACGCGAGUGGGUGUAUAUGAUCGAAAUGGUUUAGUGAUAACGAGAAAUACGCCUUUUUUGGUUCAUCCGCGUCAUGUUUUGCCAUCAAGUCGAGCAUUGUCACAACAGUAUUUGUUGAAGGUGGGUUUGAAAUCUUUAAAAUCGCUUAAACAUCUCUAUCUGAUCUAA